AUGAUGGGCUGCGAAGUGCGGGCACAAUCCUUCAACGCGAGCUCCAACAAGUUUGAAGAUGCGAAGAGCUCGCAGCCACACACUUCGGCCGCACGCGUGGCUGAGUAUCUGAAUCGAAACUACGAUAUUGUGGCACGCUUUGUGCCGGAGCUUCUGCACUGCAAACGCAUGGCCGCCUUGCUUGCAGUAACACACUGGCUACUGGAGGACCAUAUUGGAUCCAAGGAGCUGGCGCUGCAGCAUUGCGUCCCACAGUUCUCUGUGCCGAAGGACUUCCCUGAGGAGAAUGUGCCUGCCCUAUGUGCUGUGCAUGAAAAGGGGCUUCAGGAAGAGACAUCAUUCAAAAAGCUGGACAAAGAGCUUCACGACUUGAUGUCGCAGUUUCAAGCCACCAAAAAGGAGAAGCAAGCACACCUGGAAAAUUUGCAGAGCUCGGCUGAAAGGCAGAAGAGCAUUGUCGAGAAUGCUCACAAGAGCGUUGACCAGUACAGCAGCGCGUCCGUAAAAUCCUACAAUGCAGAAGUUGAGAAGUACAACGCGCUCAUUGAGGCACAGAGAGUAGCUGCAGACUCGCACAACACCUUUGUGACCUCCAUGCAGAAAACGCUGCAAGCUGCCACACAAAAGCGAAAUGCAGCGGCUGUUGACUGCAAUUCUGUGCGGACCACAUGCAUCUUCGUUGGCGGCGUCGACCUGCAGGUGGGCGGCAAAGUGGAGGUGAAGCCAGUAAAAGGCAAGGCGGACUCUCUGCAGAAGCAG